GUCUGCCUGGGGAUGAAAGAUACUUUGAUCAAACACUGAACAAUCGGAUUUCACUUGGUGCCGCCAUGUAUUUUGGUAAUGUGUGUCACAGCGUUGUGCCGCCACUGGCCCGUCCCACGCUGUGCAGGACCCAGCCCUCCCCCGACCCGAAGCCCCUCCUCCCCUUCCACCUGCUGCCUGGAUUCACUGAUUCCCAAACCCCAAAUUACUCUGCACUGGAAAAUGGAGAAACUGGAACCAAUAUAUUUUGGAUGGAUCACGUCCAUAAAGCUGUGAUUGGCCCAGGCUUCGGGCUCACCUCGCCGCUGAAGAGGAAGCCCAGUUCCUGCGGAGUCUGCCGACUGAGGUUCAACUCUGAAGUGCAGGCUUCCUCCCAUUACAGUGGCACCAAACAUGCAAAAAGGCUGAAAGCUCUGGACGCCCCAGAUUCAAAGAUCAGGACCUCUGAACCAGUCGCCAAGGAAACCACAUCGCAAAUCCUCUCGUCACCCUGCUCACAGCCCUCCAGCUCUGAAACAACAUCAGUAGAACCCUCAGCCCCAAACUCUACCUCCGAGGCGGCACCACUGAGCAGCGGCCCCACUGAAACUGUGAAAGCGCCCUCGGAAACCUCGCUGUCACCCAGCCCGAGGACAACAGAGAAAGAGACACAAAGAGAUGGAGACGUGGGGGUUGCUCCCGAGGAGGAGACGGAAGAAGAGAAAGCUAUACGUCUUCUCUACUGCUCCCUCUGCAAGGUGGCUGUCAACUCUGCCUCGCAGCUGCAGGCCCACAACAGUGGCACUAAGCACAAGACAAUGCUCGAGGCUAGAAGUGGCGAUGGGGCCAUCAAGUCGUUCCCGAGGACGGGGGUGAAGGCCAAGUUGGCCGUGCCGUCUGAGUCGUCAACUGGACUCCAGAACAAAACUUUCCACUGUGAGAUCUGCGAUGUGCACGUGAACUCCGAGACUCAGCUCAAACAGCACAUCAGCAGCAGGAGACACAAGGACAGAGCAGCAGGUAAACCAGCCAAGCCUAAGUUCAGCCCCUACACUCCUACCCAGCGUCACCAGAGUUUCCAGGCAAUUCGGCUGGCUCUACGGAAGAACCAAGACCUGACCAAACCUCUGGCCUCGUGUCUCCUACAGCGUCAACUUUCCGUUGCUGCUGCUGCUGCUGCCAUGGCAACGCUGCCCCCCUUCCCUCUCCGGCCUGCUUCAAACUCGAGCCCUGCCCUGUUUCAGAGUCAGCCCCUCCCCCAGGCGCUGCUGCAUCCAGCCCCUGGACCCAUCUGUUCAACACACACACCAGUUCUGUUUUCUCCCUACUGACCCCGCCGACGUCUCAAUCAGCUCUGAACUACAGCUGAACGCAGACCUGAGACCUGAACAAGAUGUGAUAUAAGACAGGCUUGCUGUACUCCACAUGCCAACAGAUACUGUGGGUGUCAUGGACCAAGACUGAAGACUGUUUGCUGGGGCCAGAACCAUACGACAGGUUGGGAUGGAGGAAAUACAAAGCAGCAAAUGAGCUGUGAUAUGAGCGUGUGUGUGAAUGUGUGAGUGCAUGCACAGAUGUAGCCAUCACAGAAGUACAACUUUUUACAGCGUUUUUGCUCUAUUCCAUUAACUUUUAUAGAUUUAUAGAUAAUCUGUAUAACAUUCAAGAAAGUCCCUCUUAAAAUGGACUUUGCAGUUUAACAUAGAUUUAAGAAAGAUGCAGAAUGGUGAACUUCCAUGAUGACUAUAACUCUGUGUGUUUGCGUGUACAGAUAUGCAUAUAUGACCGAAAGUAUGAAUGCCAAUCAGCAUGCUUGACUCAAGAUGUUUAUUAUUUUCCAAUAAAA